AUGGAAACGAGAAAACUAAAUGCAAGGAGAACGCAAGGUACUUAUUAUCAAGGGACCGGUGUUGAAAGUGAAGGCCCAGCAGAACCACAUGGCAGCAGCUCCAGCCGUCCUCUCCCUGCUCUUGUUCGCCUCUAUGUGUAUGCACUGCACGGCUGCCUAUGUGAGGUGGCCUUCACCGCUGUGUGGGACUGGUGCAGCACCCAAGACAGGAGGCUGGCCGGUCACAGCAGCCUGUGGGCGCUGCCCAUGUACGCCACCGCAAUCUACCUCAUGGAGCGCCUGAGAGCGUGGCUCCUGGCUCAACAUCAGCCUCUGCCUGUGCGUCUGACGGCCUACACCCUGUUCAUCUACUUAUGGGAGUUCAGCUGGGGAGCAGGUCUGAGGCUGCUGAGGGCCUGCCCCUGGGACUACUCGGGUUAUACGUACAACCUGGGAGGACUGGUGACCCUGGAGUAUGCGCUGCCCUGGGCUGUAGCAGCAUUUAUAGCAGAGCAGCAUGUGAUCAGGAACACUCUGAGGAUAAGACUGCACGACUGA